GAGGCAUGGUUGGAUCGCGUGGCUCAGACGAAUGAGUAGAGAGAUGGCAUGAUUACGAUCAAAUUUUGUUCAUCCCUUAAACUUUCCUUCUUCCUUAAUCUGCCAUUUCCGCACACUACACACUUUCCUCCGAUUCACGCUUCCCAAUCUCCUCAGAUCCGUCGUCGAUUCGCUUUUCUCGCUUUCUAUUUUUCCAUUUCUCACUUCCCAUUUUCAGGCGAGAUGCGCCACAACGGAACUCGCUCCGAUCUCGCCGCGAUUCUACCGUGACAUGGACUUUGGAACCGAAUCCAGGACGCGCGUAUCGAGAAACCGGUGUUUGAAAUCAUUUGACGGAACUUGAUGAGUGCAUGUAGCGGUAGUACUAGUGAAGGCGUUUUUUGAGUUAUCGUUGCUGAAUAGGAAAUCAUGUUCUGGAGGGACCGCGAGAGGGAGAACAAAGAGUUGAACGGUGGGGUCCUAUGUGGCCAGGUCAGAGUGCUCGUUGUUGGUGACUCAGGUGUAGGGAAGACUUCUUUAGUUAACUUGAUUCUAAAAGGUUCUCCCAUUGCUCGCCCUCCUCAAACGAUUGGUUGUUCAGUUAAUGUGAAGCAUACUACUUAUGGAAAUUCGGGCAGCUCUUCAAGUAGCCUUAAAGGUGAUUCUGAGAGAGAUUUCUUUGUUGAACUGUGGGAUGUCUCAGGACAUGAACGGUACAAAGAUUGUCGGUCUCUGUUCUAUUCGCAGAUUAAUGGUAUAAUUUUUGUUCAUGAUCUUUCACAGAGAAGAACAAAGACUAGCUUGCAGAAGUGGGCAGCUGGGAUUGCUGAGACUGGGACCUUUUCAGCUCCUUUAGGAUCUGCUGGUCCUGGUGGCCUUCCUGUACCAUAUAUUGUUAUUGGUAACAAAGCUGAUAUUGCUGCAAAAGAGGGUACAAGAGGAAGCAGUGGGAAUCUUGUUGACGUUGCACGCCAAUGGGUCGAGAAGCAGGGUUUGCUUCCUUCCAGUGAGGAACUUCCACUGACCGAGAGUUUUCCUGGUAGUGGGGGCCUUAUUGCUGCUGCCAAAGAAGCUAGGUAUGACAAGGAGGCUGUGCUGAAAUUUUUCCGCAUGUUGAUCAGGAGAAGAUAUUUCUCUGAUGAAACACCUUCACCAGCAUGGUCCAUUCCUUCUUCUGUUCAGAGACCAGCUCAGCGUAUAGAUGAAAAUUUCAUAGAAGACGAUCACUCUUAUAGUACAAGUCGAAGCAGUGAUCCCUACAAGUAUAACAUGCUUCCUCCGCUUCCGGCACAACGCAAUUUAACACCACCACCCACACUGUAUCCUCAACAGCCAGUUUCAGUGGCGGAAAACUAUAGUUUCCCUAGAUUUUCCUUGUCAGGCUCCUCAGAAAUCAGUUCUGUGGCGAGAACAAAGCGUUCAGAUAUUAAUGUUUGAAGAUCUGUGUAUUACACUGAUGUAUUCUUGCAUGGAACGAAGUUAUAUGCUUGUUUAAAUUCUUUGUUCCUAUUGUAACUUGUCCAUUGAUUCAUUCGUUUUAAGAGGCUUUCUUAGUAGAAUGAGGAGCUACUUGUUCAAAGUUUGGGAGAAUUUAAAUGAUACAUGCUCGAUUCUUUUAUAUCA